UGUUAGGGGGGCGGGGCGGUGGAGUAGCGCUGCCGUUGAGUGUAGAAGUUAUGGACGCUUCUCCUGAUCUGUCCCGACAUCUGGUUUACCAAUCAAGCCUUGGAAUGAGAGCCCCACAGAGCCCUUCCCAUGAAUAUAAUCGGGAUGGAAAAAAAAAUGAAAAUGGCCGUAUCUUGCCGCUAUCUGGUCACGUGGGCUUUGACAGUUUACCAGACCAGCUUGUUAGUAGAUCCGUCCAUGAAGGAUUUUGUUUCAAUAUCUUGUGUAUUGGGGAAACUGGCAUUGGAAAAUCAACAUUAAUAAACACACUGUUUAAUACAAACUUUGAAGAACAUGAAUCCACUCAUUUUGAACCAUCAGUAAAGCUCAAAUCACAGACCUAUGACCUCCUUGAAAGCAACGUACGCUUGAAAUUGACCAUUGUAAAUACAGUAGGAUUUGGGGACCAGAUAAACAAAGAAGAUAGCUAUAUGCCCAUCGUGGAUUACAUUGACACACAAUUUGAAGCCUACUUACAAGAAGAAUUAAAGAUCAAGCGUUUAUUGUACAAAUAUCAUGACACCCGUAUUCAUGCAUGCCUUUACUUCAUUGCUCCCACUGGACAUUCACUUAGAUCCCUCGAUCUCAUAACCAUGAAGAAGUUAGACAGCAAGGUGAACAUUAUUCCUGUGAUAGCAAAAGCAGACGUGAUCUCAAAGUCAGAAUUGCAUAAGUUCAAAACAAAACUGAUGAGUGAACUGGUCAGCAAUGGAGUCCAAAUCUAUCAGUGCCCAACAGACGAUGAGACCAUUAGUAAAUUGAACUCCUCCAUGAAUGCACAGGUACCAUUUGCUGUGGUAGGUAGUAUGGAGGAGGUUAAGAUUGGAAACAAGAUGGUAAAGGCCCGGCAGUAUCCUUGGGGGAUUGUACAAGUGGAAAAUGAGAAUCACUGUGAUUUUGUGAAGCUUCGUGAGAUGCUAAUUUGCACUAAUAUGGAGGACCUGAGGGAACAGACUCACAAUAGACAUUAUGAACUGUAUCGACGCUGCAAGUUAGAGGAAAUGGGAUUUCAAGACCUGGGUCCUGGAGAUAAGCCUGUAAGUCUGCAGGAGACCUAUGAAGCAAAGCGGCAUGAAUUCUUUGAGGAGCUCCACAGGAAGGAGGAAGAGAUGAGACAGACCUUUGUGCAGAGAGUCAGAGAGAAGGAAACUGUGCUGAAAGAAGCCGAGCGGGAGCUUCAGAACAGAUUUGAACAGCUGAAAAGACUUCAUCAGGACGAAAGAUCAAAUCUUGAAGAGAAGAGGAAAGACUUGCAGGAAGAAAUUAAUGCUUUCAGUAAACGGAAAGCUGCUGCAGAGCUCCUGCAAGGACAGGCAUUUGGAACCGUGGCCAACAGCAGUUUAAAGAAGGAUCGCAAAACUUUCAUGUGAUUGGAUGAUGCUACAAUCAUAUUCAUCGGUGGCAAUGGUUUUAACUCUGCCUGCUUUUAAAUGGGUCCAUGAAGCCUCCAUCCAUUUCUGAAACGAAAGAACAGAAAUCUGUGUACAACAGCCAGUGACAGAAGAUAAGGAACAAAGCAAAUUUCCAUCUAGACAUUUUCAUUGUAACCCCGUCAAACCCAGAUGGCUGCUUGGAUGUUAUGCUCCCUCCUGGAGCUGCCUGGUACCAAAGAAUAUAAGGGGAGACGUUGGCAGCUGUAGAGUCCAGGAAUCAUUACUGAUGGUUUUCCGGGAUAACCAAAAUAUUCUGUUGUGUAGGUUACUAAAGAAAAAGGGGACAUAUACAAACUGGAGAUAUGUUAUUGUGCCAAAAGAUAAUUCUAUACGUAUAAUCUGCUUUGUUCAGACAUGUUACUGUUUUCUAACUUUUUUUAGUUACAGGAAAAAAAAAACAUUUAUAUUCAUAUCUAUUCUGUAAUAUUGUCUAUUUCAUGUGGACUUUGAAACUUAGGUCAUUUUGGAUUUCUCUGUGUUUUGACAUAUCACUAAGAUGAUAAUGGUUUGAAUUGCAGGAGUGCAUAAACAGUUGCCUAAUCCAAAUGUAUAUUUUAAAACUGAUGUUAUACUGUAUAGGCAAGUAUACUUAUAAACGGGAACUUUUUCACAUGAAUACACCAAGUUCUUCUUAA